CGGCGCUCGGUGGAAGCGGGCUUGAGUUCGCGGCUGCGGAGACGCGGCUGGCGAGCGGGCAGGCGAGCACCUUACUCUUCCGCCAUGGCAGCCCUGCGCUACGCGGGCCUGGACGACACGGACAGCGAGGACGAGCUGCCCCCGGGCUGGGAGGAGAGAACCACCAAGGAUGGCUGGGUUUACUACGCCAAUCACACUGAGGAGAAGACUCAAUGGGAGCAUCCAAAAACUGGAAAAAGAAAACGAGUAGCAGGAGAUUUGCCAUAUGGAUGGGAACAAGAGACGGAUGAGAAUGGGCAGGUGUUUUUUGUUGACCAUAUAAAUAAAAGAACCACCUACUUGGAUCCAAGACUGGCAUUUACUGUGGAUGAUAAUCCAACGAAGCCAGCCACCAGACAGCGAUAUGAUGGCAGCACCACCGCCAUGGAAAUCCUGCAGGGCCGUGACUUCACCGGCAAGGUGGUCCUGGUUACUGGAGCGAAUUCAGGAAUAGGGUUUGAAACUGCCAAGUCCUUUGCCCUCCAUGGUGCACACGUGAUCCUGGCCUGUAGGAACAUGAUGAGAGCCAGCGAAGCAGUGUCCCGCAUUCUGGAAGAGUGGCACAAAGCCAAGGUAGAAGCAAUGACCCUGGACCUCGCUUUGCUCCGUAGCGUGCAGCAUUUUGCUGAAGCGUUCAAGGCCAAGAAUAUGGCUCUUCAUGUGCUUGUGUGCAAUGCAGCAGUAUUUGCUUUGCCCUGGAGCCUCACGAAGGAUGGCCUGGAGACCACUUUCCAGGUGAACCACCUGGGGCACUUCUACCUGGUCCAGCUCUUGCAGGAUGUUUUGUGUCGCUCAGCCCCUGCCCGCAUCGUCGUGGUCUCCUCUGAGUCCCAUAGAUUUACAGAUAUUAACGACUUCUCAGGGAAGCUUGACUUCAGCUGCCUGUCUCCAUCUCAGAGUGACUAUUGGGCCAUGCUGGCCUACAACCGAUCCAAACUCUGCAAUGUUCUCUUCUCCAAUGAGCUGCACCGUCGCCUCUCCCCACGGGGUGUCACGUCCAAUGCAGUGCACCCAGGAAACAUGAUGUACUCCUCCAUUCAUCGCAACUGGUGGGUGUAUACACUGCUGUUCACCUUGGCGAGGCCAUUCACCAAGUCCAUGCAACAGGGCGCUGCCACCACCGUCUACUGCGCUGUCGCUCCGGAGCUGGAGGGCCUGGGAGGGAUGUAUUUCAACAACUGCUGCCGCUGCCUGCCCUCCGCAGAAGCCCAGAGUGAAGACACGGCCCGCGCUCUGUGGGCCCUCAGCGAGAGGCUUGUCCGGGAACGACUGGGCAGCCCAUCCGUCUAGGGGGAGCUCACCAGCAUGGGACACCCUCCACCCUUGCUCCUUCCCUCACCAUCCUGGGGGUGUCAUGUCCCUCCAAGACAGUUCCAUAAUAGUAAAGGAAAUAAGAGUAGUUGCAACAAACUGAAGCAUGUUAGGUACCAAUGGAAAGACCAGAACCACAGAGGUCAAGGGGCAGUGUCCCUUCCCUGGGGCUGGGUUAACCAAGGGGCCCUUUGCGUUUCUGUGGGUGGCUUGAUGGAAAGUGUAAGCAUAGUUGGGAAUGUAGUCUCUGUCUUUCAUUAUAAAAGCAUAAGCAAUUGUCUCUCAUUCUUAGAGUAGCUUUAUGUCCCUUUGUUUUACCCAAAUACCAAGGUAACCACCACUGCCACCUGAGGCUGGCUUCCUUCUGUUUAGGGUAGAAGAAGCAAGUGUACACAUUCCCUUGCUGAAUUGACGAAGGAAGUCAUUGUUUCAUUCAACCCUACCAUGUCUGAGAGGCUUGGCAACUUGUGGGAGAGAAACUUGGAAUCAUGUUCCAGUAGAGCAAGAUCAGAGAUGGAGCAGAGCUGAGGACUUCCCUUGGCCAAAGCUGUACAAACAACCAAAGUUCCCCAGCUAUCCAGACAGUGGACAAAAGAGGAACCAUUAUGUCCUUGAGAUAUGCACGAUGUUCUUGAGGUGGGGAAUAAAGUAGUCCUCUUCACCCUUUGCAGCACCCCUCCCGUGGGUGAAUGUCACAGCCGCUCAGUCCUCUCACCCACAUGGCCUGAGCAUCCCACUUCAACUUCCUCCCCCCCCCCCCCCACGCUUAAUAAAAGAACAUGCUUGGUUAUGAUUGCCUGAAGUUCCUAUCAUUUGUUGAAUGUUCAUGUCAGGUUUUUUGUUUUGUUUUGUUUUUGUUUCUUGCUUCCCCUCCCCGCCUUUUUAGAAAAGAAAUCUGGAAGAAAAAUAAAGCGCUUCUUGUAGACGCCAGGAAAACAC